AAAAAUAUGUGGUAAGAGCAAGACCCUCCCCCAAAGAUGGGCACAUCCAGGUCAUAGAAGCUGCAUGUCGGCAUAGCUUAUUGCAUGCCCUGGCAUGGCGGGUCCUCCAGGUUGUGGCUAUUGCCCCAUCUGUCCAGAGAACCUUCCUUUCCAGGGUGCUUAUGAGAGGGAGCAGCAGUGCUAGUACAUGAGCACGGUGUGAUGGCACCUCCUCGAGGAAACACCCGUCUACCCUGACCUUUGGUGGUGUAGAGGGUGACAAUGUGGACUUGGACUUGGCAAAAGCUGAGUUGAAAUUCUUCCUUAGGCAGUGGGUUCCAUGCUGUGCAACCUUAGGCAAGUGUCUUAACUUCUAUGAGUCUUAGUUUCAACUUCUGUAUGAUGGGAAUAAUAACAGCAUCCACCUCCCGUGGUGACCGUGAGGAUCCAGUAAGGUUCCAUAAAGCUCUCUGGAGACAGGAGCUAUUAUGUGUUGUUAAUCAAUUCACCAACACUUUGAACACAGAAUCCCUGGACUAUUUAUCAGUAUAUGAAGAGAACUGACCUAGGCCCAGCUGUCUAGGAACUUUGAGUUUCCAGGAGAUAAAUGACCUGAGCAGGAAUAACCAUGCCAUAGGAGGGCAACGGAAGCCCAGGAAAAGCACUCUGGGGCAUUUGGUGGGGCAGGCAAUGGGUGCGACCACAGGGGAAUGGUGUGCCCCAGAGCUGGAAGGGCUCUGAAUGCCAGGGCAAGGAGCAUCUGCUUCACUUGGGAGCCCUAGGGUAUUGUGGAAUGGAGAUCUGCCAUGAUGUUCCCAGUGCCCCAUUGUGGGCCAGACCUCUUGAAUGCCUUAUGACUGAUAAGUGCCCUCCUAGGCCUGGGGGCCCCCAGGCCACCAUCCCAACCUUUUUUCUUGGCAGCAUCUCAUCUGGACUGUUGUGUCCAGCUCCAUUGUUGAUGGGCUGGAAAGUGGCCAAAAGCAGCGGCCAGGAGAGGGAAACAAAGGGCUGGGCUCUGGGUCACUUCAAGAUGAGCUGAAGACAAUGAGGAAUGUUUGGCCUGGAGCUGAGAAGACCUGUCUUCCCAUUUUAGAAGGACCGUCCUGUGGAGGAGGUGCUGACCAGGAGCAGGGACGGGAAGCUGCCAAGAAAGAAACUCCAAGGAACCGUCAUGGUGUCUAAACGUGGAAUGACCAGGAGGUGUGUUAGGCUCUGUGAAGUGGCUGGUUCUGUUUCUGGAUCCCAACGCACACCUGUGGUUCAGUUAAAUUUGACAAGUGCCCAACGUGUGCAGAGCUGUGCUAAGGGGCUGGACUCAAGGCCGUCCUUGAUGUUGGCCUCAGGAGUUUCUCAGACCUGUCCUGUUCUGUGUUGGCGUGGGAGCUGAGGGCUCCUUCCCUUUUCUGUCAAGACCUCGAUGUGAGGUCCAUUCCGAUGUUCCCUGGGGCAGGUCUGCCCAGCUCAGAUGUGUGUGAUCAGUGAGAGGCUGCCAGGAUUGUGCCAGGCCAUGGAAACUCAGUGCUCAGGUCUGGGCCCACAAGUUCCUGGGCUUGGAAGGGGAUUAUUGUUGUUGAGUUUCAGGUGUCCUGAUUCUAUAGAUGAGGAAAUGUGAUUGAGCCCCUGAUGAACCCCUCCUUAAGCACAUCCUCUGGUCCAGGCCCUGGGCUAGGUUCUGGGGAUGCAAAGACCCAAAGGGAGUUUAUGUAGCGCUUUGGAUUUGGGGGGAGGGCCCAUAUCCACAGGCAAAGAAAGGAAUGUGGAAGGGCUUCUCAAAGGGGCAACUACUCCCUUGAGCUCUGGGGAAUUUGCCCUUGCCCCUGUGAUCAGUUGAUCAGACAGCCCAAACCAUGACUGUGGUCCUGCAGCUUACAAAUUCGAUUUUGUAAUAAUUCCCAGAGACCUAGAUUGAAAGCAGGACAGACUUCCUUUCAGCUGCAUCCCAACAGCAGGAGGGUUUAGGCCCCGGGGUUUGGCUUAGGAGAGGCUCAUCACUCACUGCCUGCCGUUGGGGCUCUCCCUCUCAAGGGCACCAGGAGUCCCCUGGCUCCUGUCUAUGGUGUAAGGUGGUCCGGUCACUGCGGAAAGGCCCACCCGGCUCGGCGUGCCCAUGGGUGAGCCCGAGGGCUGUCCCCUAAGCUGCUUUUUGAGAAUGUGGGUCUGAGUGACGGUGCUAUUCUUCUCCCAUCCAGUCGUCCCCUGGAGGAGCAGAAGUGCGAGCCCAGCUCCCCCCUCUGCUCUCCUCUCUGAGCGUGUAUUUAAAGGUGCCAGUGACCCUUCUGGGGUCAGGUGGCAGGAAGAGAGCCAAGGGUCUGUAAUGUGAGCAGGGGGCGGUGAUCCCAGGGAUCAUUGUGGUCCCUGCUCAAGGCCACAGGCCAGGGUUAUUUUUGGUGGGUAUGUUUGGGGGUGGAGAGCAGGGAGGUUAUUAACCCUUUGACAACCAUAAUGGAAGAAACUGAAAUUCAGACCCUGAGCAAGAAACUUCAGCUAAUGAUGUUUGCUGUAUUUUCUGCUGUCCUGAACCUGUUCCCUUUGGCCGGUAUUCCAGGGGUGGGAACCUGUCCUUGUCUUGAUGUCUCUGCCAUGCCUGAGUCUGCAGGGCUGUCCUCUGACUCUCAUGCGAAUGUCACUUCUGUCUCAAGGGCUUCGGGCAAGUAGAGGCCAGUGGCCUCUUUGGUGCCGACCACAGUGCCUUGCAUGGGGCCAGCCAGUGAAAAGGCUCUCCUGACUCUGAGCUAUAUGAUUGGGGAGCAAGCAUUCAUUUCUGAACCUCAUGUGUUGGUUUUUUUCCUAUAAAACGGGACUCCUACUCACCGCUGGCCCCCUAGUUUUUAAAUCACCAAGUCAUUAAACUCUAUGGGGGUUGAGUUAUAUCUCACACAUAGGCGUGUAAGAGAGAAUGGCCAGACUCCUCUGUCCUUCUCUGGCACUAGGGAAUUGCCCUGGACCCCUUGGGGGUCAGCACAGGUCCCUGGAGCCUAGUGAACCACCUAUUUACUGUCUGAGAAGUUGAAAGGCCCCAGGGCAGUCCCUGCCUCUCUUCAGUCUCUAGGGGCCCUGGGGGACCCUGCACAGGGGGCUGGUCUGGGCCUGCAAAUUCUUGGGCUCUUUGAUUUCCAAAAAUGGCCUGAUGAGUAUGCUGUGUCCCCUGCGCCCCCAGCCCCUGCCUGGAGCAGCUGCUCUGUGGUCUGCUCACGGCUCUUGGGUUUCUGUGAGUGGUGAGUCUGCAUGUUGGUAUGUGCAGCCUGUGCCAGGCCUCCUCCCCCUCUCCCUCCCCCCCAUGGGAGCUCGCCUGACGUGUGGACAGUGGCGGGUGGCACAGAGCUGGGGACACGUUUCCAGACAGACCCUGGCCCUGGUCUGCUGCCGCUGUUGGCCAGAGUGAGCGAUGUCAGGGGGACCCUGCUGGCAGGCCUCUUCCAAAUCUGUGUUAGCUAGGGCUGCCUCCCCUUGUUGUGGCGACUCCACCAUAGUUGCUCUGAGGUCCCUGGGCCGACCCUGUGAAGCCCCUUGGAUCGAGCCCUUGAGCUGCCGGAGCUCCCUGCGUGGCUGCCUUGGCUAGGCUCUGCCCCGCGCCCUAAUCUCUGCUCAGAGCUUGCUCUAACGGGCACCGGGCGGCAGCCACAGCAGCAGGAUGAAACGAAGGCGAGAGAGACUGGGAGCCCCAUGUCUUCGGAUCCAAAUCUCUUCUCUUGGCCGAGGAAACAGUGACAUCCAUCCGCACUUACCCUCUUCGGCAUCGGCACCUGCCCUGUGCCACCCCCAGCUUCCUCUCAGUGCUGACGGUGCCCUUGCCACAGCUCCUCCUGUCUUUUUCCUGAACCCACCAGCCCAGAGCGGCCCUGGAAGCUGCCACCCGCUCCCGUGGAGUUGCAGGACGAGCAACCGAAAGAGCCUGAUUGUGCCGUCUAGCACGUCCCCAACCCUGCCCCGGCCCCACUCUCCACUUCAUGGCCACCCAGGUGGUAGUCCUCUGGACAGCCCCCGGAAUUUCUCUCCAAAUGCUCCGGCUCCACACUUCUCCUUUGUUCCUGCCCGCAGCCAUGGACACAGAGCAGACAGGACGGAUGGACGGCGCUGGUCCUUGGCCUCUCUUCCUUCCUCUGGCUAUGGAACCAAUACCCCCAGCUCUACUGUCUCCUCGUCCUGCUCUUCCCAGGAGAAGUUACACCAGCUCCCUUUCCAGCCCACGGCUGAUGAGCUACACUUCCUGACAAAGCAUUUCAGCAGCGAGAGUGUCCCGGACGAGGAGGGCCGCCAGUCGCCAGCCAUGAGGCCUCGCUCACGCAGCCUCAGCCCUGGCCGCUCCCCGAUCUCCUUCGACAGUGAAAUAAUAAUGAUGAAUCAUGUGUACAAAGAGAGAUUCCCCAAGGCCACGGCGCAGAUGGAGGAGCGGCUGGCGGAGUGUAUCGCCUCGAACGCCGCCGAGAAUGUGCUGCCCUUAGCGGAUGGGGCCCUGAGCUUCAUCCACCACCAGGUCAUCGAGCUGGCCCGGGACUGCCUGGACAAGUCCCGCGACGGGCUCAUCACGUCCCGCUACUUCUACGAGCUGCAGGAAAACUUCGAGAAGCUUCUGCAAGACGCCCACGAGCGGUCCGACAGCGCCGAGGUGGCCUUCGUGACCCAGCUGGUGAAGAAGCUGAUGAUCAUCGUGGCCCGGCCGGCCCGGCUCCUGGAGUGCCUGGAGUUUGACCCGGAGGAGUUCUACCACCUGCUGGAGGCGGCCGAAGGCCAUGCCAAGGAGGGCCAGGGCAUCAAGUGUGACAUCCCGCGCUACAUCAUCAGCCAGCUGGGCCUCACUCGGGAUCCCCUGGAGGAAAUGGCCCAGCUGACUAGCUACGAUAGCCCGGACACCCCCGAGACCGACGAUUCGGUCGAGGGCCGCAGGCCUGUUUUGCAGCCCAAGAAGACGCCUUCUGAGGAGGAGUUUGAGACAAUCAAGCUGAUCAGCAAUGGUGCCUACGGGGCCGUGUUCCUGGUGAGGCACCGCUCCACGCGCCAGCGCUUCGCCAUGAAGAAGAUUAACAAGCAGAACCUGAUCCUGCGCAACCAGAUCCAGCAGGCGUUCGUGGAGCGCGACAUCCUGACGUUCGCCGAGAACCCCUUCGUGGUCAGCAUGUUCUGCUCCUUUGAGACGCGGCGCCACCUGUGCAUGGUCAUGGAGUACGUGGAAGGGGGCGACUGUGCCACGCUGCUGAAGAACAUCGGGGCGCUACCCGUGGACAUGGCACGCAUGUACUUUGCCGAGACGGUACUGGCCCUGGAAUACCUGCACAACUACGGCAUCGUGCACCGGGACCUCAAGCCCGACAACCUCCUGAUCACGUCCAUGGGCCACAUCAAACUGACCGACUUCGGGCUGUCCAAGAUCGGCCUGAUGAGCCUCACCACGAACCUGUAUGAGGGCCACAUCGAGAAGGACGCCCGCGAGUUCCUGGACAAGCAGGUGUGCGGGACCCCCGAGUACAUCGCCCCCGAGGUGAUCCUGCGCCAGGGCUACGGGAAGCCGGUGGACUGGUGGGCCAUGGGCGUCAUCCUCUACGAGUUCCUCGUGGGCUGCGUGCCCUUCUUCGGGGACACUCCCGAGGAGCUCUUCGGCCAAGUGAUCAGCGAUGAGAUUGCGUGGCCCGAGGGGGACGACGCUCUGCCCCCCGACGCCCAGGACCUCACCUCCAAGCUGCUGCACCAGAACCCCCUGGAGAGGAUGGGCACAGGCAGCGCCAGCGAGGUGAGGCAGCACCGCUUCUUCAAGGACCUGGACUGGACGGGCCUGCUGCGCCAGAAGGCCGAGUUCAUCCCGCAGCUGGAGUCCGAGGACGACACGAGCUACUUCGACACUCGCUCAGAACGUUACCGACACGUGGAUUCGGAGGACGAGGACGACGCCAACGACGAUGACCACGUGGAGAUCCGCCAGUUCUCUUCGUGUUCCCCGAGGUUUAGCAAGGUGUACAGCAGCCUAGAGAGGCUGUCCCUCCACGAGGAGCGCAGGACGCCCCCCCCGACCAAGCGCAGCCUCAGCGAGGAGAAGGACGACAAGCUCGAUGGCCUCGGCGGCCUCAAGGGCAAAGACCGGGGCUGGGUGAUCGGCUCCCCCGAGAUGCUGAGGAAGCGGCUGUCGGUGUCAGAGUCCUCCCACACGGAGAGCGACUCCAGCCCGCCCCUUGGGGUGCGGCGGCGCUGUUCAGGGCUGCUGGAGGCACCCCGCUUCCCGGAAGCACCUGAUGAGCUGGACAGCAGCCCCCGGCAGAGCCAGCAGUUGACAGAGGGCCCAGUGGCGUUCCUGGCUCCACAGCCCAGAGACGGUGGCCCUGGCCCUGCUCCCGAGCAGCCUGGAGAGCGCAAGGCCCACAGGGACAAGGAACCAGGUGGGAGCCCCGCAAGCAUCUGUGCCCAGCAAGGUCGCCGGAACAGCCACGAGGGCCUGGAGACCUCCACCCCCAAGGCCAUCAGCGACCUGGCCGUGCGGCGGGCCCGCCACCGGCUGCUGUCCGGGGAGUCUGGAGACAAGCGCACGCCCAGGCCCGCUAACAAAGUCAUCAAGUCGGCCUCCGCCACUGCCCUGUCCCUGCUCAUCCCUUCAGACCACCAUGGAUGCUCCCCCUUGGCCAGCCCGAUGUCCCCUCACUCCCAGUCUUCCAACCCCUCCUCCCGGGACUCGUCCCCAAGCAGAGACUUCUCUCCAGCCAUCAGCAACCUGAAGCCGCCUAUCGUUAUCCACCGAGCUGCCAAGAAGUAUGGUUUCACCCUGAGGGCCAUCCGGGUCUACAUGGGGGACACCGACGUCUACACAGUGCACCACAUGGUUUGGCACGUGGAGGAGGGAGGCCCAGCCAGCGAGGCAGGACUGCGAGAGGGUGAUCUCAUCACCCACGUCAAUGGCGAGCCUGUGCACGGGCUGGUCCACACCGAGGUGGUGGAGCUGAUCCUGAAGAGCGGAAACAAGGUGUCCAUCUCAACGACACCCUUUGAGAACACUUCCAUCCGGGUGGGCCCCGCGCGCAAGGGCAGCUACAGGUCCAAGAUGGCCCGAAGGAACAGGAAGAGCCGGGCCAAGGAUGGACCCGAGAGCAGGAAGAGGGGAUCCUUGUUCCGGAAGAUCACCAAGCAGGCGUCCUUGCUCCACACGAGCCGCAGCUUGUCUUCUCUCAGCCGCUCUCUGUCCUCUGGAGAGAGCGGGCCGGGCUCCCCAACUCACGGCUACGGGCACAGCCACGGCCUGGCCCCCCGCUCACCCACCCAGGGCUACCGAGUGCCCCCUGAGGCCUCCCAUUCAGUAGGUGGAAAUUCUUCCCAAAGCAGCUCACCCAGUUCUAGUGUGCCCAACUCUCCAGCCAGCUCUGGCCACAUCCGCCCCAGCUCCCUCCAUGGCCUGGCCCCCAAGCUUCAACGGCAAUACCGCUCACCCCGGCGCAAGUCAGCAGGCAGCAUCCCCUUGUCCCCCCUGGCACACACUCCAUCACCCACUCCUCAGGCCACAUCUCCCCAGCGCUCCCCAUCUCCUCUGCCUGGCCAUGCCCUAAGCGGCAGCCCUGCGGCCUUCCCGGGGAAGCUGCACUCCUCGCCGCCCCUAGGCCGGCAGAUCUCCAGGCCCAAAAGCGCCGAGCCUCCCCGUUCCCCGCUCCUCAAGCGGGUCCAGUCGGCUGAGAAGCUGGGGGCUGCCCUGGGGGCCUCAGAGAAAAAGUUGUCUGCCUCGCGCAAGCCUAGCCUGGACCUGCCACCCUGUGAGGUCAAGAAGGAGCUGGGGCUGCCCGGCGACCCGGGAGACAAGGCCACGCUGCCCAAGGCGGCCUCUCGCGGCCUGGGCACCAUCCGACACGACCGAGCCGAGCGCCGCGAAGCCCUCCAGAAGCAAGAGGCCAUUCGUGAGGUGGAUUCCUCGGAGGACGAAGAUGACACGGAUGAUGACGGCUCCGAGAAUAGCCAGGAUGGACAAGGACGGCGGCCCCGCCACACCCUGGCCCAGGCACCCCUAGAAGGGGGGGACUUAGGCAAGUUCCUGCCUGCUCACCGGGCCCAAGAGAGUGCCAAAGAAUCCCUCCCCUGUGUGCCCCAGGACCUGUGGGGAAGGGCUCGGCCACCCCCAGCCACCUCCGGGACCCCGAGGAGGGCUCUGGCUGAGGAAGCUCCCUCUCACCCAGCCGUCUCGGGCACGGCGACACAGCCGGGGCCUGACAAGACCCGGGCCCUGGGGGCCAAGGCGCUGCCGAGUCCCCCUGGCACCCAGGGGCCUCCUCAGGGCUCCUUGAGUCCUGGGGGUCCUUGGGGGUUGGCCCCCACAGAGCCCCCACUCCCCAGAGGGGGCGGCCAGGCCCAGCCCUGUACCGAGCCAGCACUCACAGCACUUUGCCCAUGGCCAUCAGGAAGUCCUCUCCCCACCGUCCCGCACCCCUGCCCUGUUCCACACUCUAAGGAAGCCCCUGGGAGCAGCUCGGUCCCAAUCCAGCUUUGGCCUCUGCCCCUACAGGUGCCCACCCUGGCUGAGGGUGGGCAUAGCUGGGACAUGGUCCCAUCCCAAGCCACCCUGAGCCUUCAGCCUGGACCCAAGCUAGAGGGGUCCUCCCAGCCUAGCCAGCCCCAGGCCACGCAGCCCUCGGCCUACAUGACCCCUGGCCUGAGCCCUGCUCCUUGCCCACCUUGGGAGCCCAAGUGCCCCUGGGCAGAGAAGGAGGAGCUGGCCUUGAGUGGCACCAAGGUGCCCGAUGCUGCUGGCGACAGCAAGCAGCCCUCCCAUUGCAAAGGGCACCUGCAGCCCCCGGGGUGUGAGGAGCCUGGGCCGCCCAGAGCUCUGCACGAACCCCACGACUGUGCCCUGGCCCACGAUGACCUUCUGAGAAGAACAUAGCAGCGGGCCAGGGGCCCCACUCCCUCCCGCCCAUGUAAUAUACGCUCAUGGAAAUGACUGGUGUGCCGCUUUCUCUGUGGGAGACCCUGGCAGAGGGCCCGGCCCAGCGCCGGUCCUCUGCCACACAGCCCGGCCUCGGCCUGGCACCCACAAAGCAUCUGUGCUCAGGUCCUGGCUGUCCAGCAGUCACCGGAGCCGGGCUGUGGCUGUCCUCUCACCCCCCCCCCCACCCCCCAGGAUGUGGCACCAAGCAGGGUGGGGGCUGUCCCCCCCCAAUACAGUAGAGCCCCAGGGAUGGAGGAAGCAGGGAGCAGCCGCUCCUCACUGGGAGGAGCUCCAGGAGGCCUCUGGCCUCCCUUUUGGCUCCUCAUCCAGGGGCCGUUCCUCGGGGCUGGGGUGUUGGGGGGCCGGGCAGGGGACCUUUUAGUGACUCCCGUGUGUGUCUCAGGGAGAGCCCAGGGUUUCUGAGUCUCCAGGGAGGUUUGGCAGACAGACAGGUGGUGCUGAAGGGUUUGGGUUCUCCAGCUCUCUUAGCAAGAGGGGUGUCGAGGGCAACGAUGGAGACUUGUGGGAUCAGCGUGGUGGGGCGGGGUGGUCUGGGCUAAAGCAGAUGCUGCCUCUUGGAAGGAGGAAGAUGGGCAUCCGUAGGGCCGGAUCGGGAGGAUUCGGGAAGCCCUUCUGGUUGUUGGGUGCGGAAGUCUGCCGUGUGCCACUGACUCCUGGGAGUCUGGAAAUGGCCAGGGAGUGCCCCAGAGCAUUAGGAGGGUUCUUCGUGAGGGAGGAGGGCCACCACACACAUGAAGCGCUGGGAAAAUUCAAAGCCAGGAGGAGACGCAUCCCUGCCCUCCAGUAGCGCUCAAACUAGCAGGGAGCUGAGGGUCCGACCCUGGAAGCAGAAAGCACAAAAGGCCCUGACCAGGGGGCUCACACAGGCCCUCCCCAACGUAGGGGUCCCUGGCAGUGAUGCCCAUUGUACUCCACCUCCACCCGCCCAGCCGGGGCCCCGGGACCUCCCCGAGGCACCCCACCUCCUGGCUGGGGCCAGUCCUCAGCUUCUUGACCAUCAAGGCCAUAGUUCUCCCUCGCCCACUGGGUGACCCAAUAGUAUUCUUGGCUCCCCUUCUCCCACGCCUUUGUAUUGUGUGUGGUAGCCCCUGUCCCCACUAUAUACUCUUCCACGCCCCUCCAUUCCAAUGCUGAGGCUGUUGAAAAACAUAAUGGAGCCCAUCAGAGGACUUGGCGAUGUCUCCCCAUCAUCCCGGGCCCAGCAGCACGUGGGUAGGGGGAGGAGCGCGGUUUGUCCCAUGUGGAUGAUCCGGCCCCGUCUGGAGGGACCACAGGGCUGUCUGGGGGAUGAUACCAUCCCCAGGCGGGCUGCUUGGAUCUGGACCCUGAGCAGGAUUUCCUCCAGGACAGCUGUGGGUUCCCGUGACUCCCUUGAGGUUAGCCGUCGGAGGAAGCCUGUUCUGUCCCCGAUUCUGGAAUGAUAUCAGCACGGGCAGCGCAAGUCUCUUAUUCCGGGGCCAUCGGCCCCUCUAAAGGAACACUGGCCCGAAGGGGCAUCGCUGUCGAGCGGGAGGGGAACGUGGAGGCCCUCCAGUCACCCCUUCGGUAGGCAGAUGCUGAAACAGGCUCAGUGGCAUUGAGCCGCUGCUGGCGAACUCCCGUCUUCCUAAUUCCAAGUCCAGAGCUCCGUCCUCUAUGCCGUGUUGCCUUUUCCAUUUCUGGCGUAGCCGCCUAUGUGCCAGGCACUGUGCAAAGACAAGUGAAGCUAUUCCUGCUCCCAAGCCCGCGAUAGAACGGGGGAGGUUUUCAGGGAGCUGGGACACUAGUGGCCGGGAUGGGGGUUUCUUGUACAAGGUGGGACUGCAGUCCUGAAGAGAGGGAUCCCAUGAGGCAGGAGUGGAAAAAAGGAAUUCUAGGCAAAGGGAUGGCCUCUGGGGACUGCAGUGACUGGCAGAGCAGGAUCUUGAGUUUUCUGCAGUUUCCAGCCAGAAAUGUGAUGCCGACGGGCCUCUGGGGAGGUGGGAGUCCUCCGAGGGCUCGCACCCCCUCGCUCAAAGGUCCUCCAGCCCCUGCGGGGAAAACUAGACAUGCGGUCAAUACCUGUCAAUGGUCAGUUGUCUUUCCGUGAUACUACUUGAGAUUGGAGUCUCCUCCAGAUACCAGAGUCCCCCCCCCCCCUCCAUUGUCCCGACCUCUGUGCCCAUCGGGUUUGAGCCAGCCACUCUGCUUUCUCUAGUGUCAUUUCACACAGUCCACUGGGACUCCCUCAGAGUCUACAUGGUGUCUCCACCUUCCUUGAUGGAGGAACACGUUUCUUAUAGAAACACCGAGCCAGAAGCCAUCAGUAGAAGGCAGGAUAGGAAGCCGGGGCCAGCCGUUGGGCUCAAGCUCAUAGGAGCAAAGAGAACAUGUGGCUGUUGGAUGGGAUAUGUUGUACAGGAGUCCUCCUUGGAGCCUGGCGCUUGUCCCUGUUCUGAGUCUUCCACUCAGUGGCCCGCUAAGUUCUUCAAGCACGUGGUUCCCCUCAAGAGGCUUGAUGUCCCAUUGGGGGGCUGCGGGCGACGGCCCCCACUGAGGAUCCUGCCAUGGUAGCAGGUCAGUGGGGAGCGUGCUUCCUCUUUGCCAGGCCCUGUGCCAGCUAAAGACAAAAACAGGACAAUCCCUUCCCUCGAGUCUACCGUCCGAGUCCCUUCGAGUGACAGAAUGCUUUUAUCUCAUUGUCUGCUGGGCCUCAAGGUCCAUAGAACACCCAAGCAUGCUUGCCCAUGCCCGCAAGCACACGUCCACUGAUACAGCUUCUCGGAAGGUCUUGGUGGACCCCAAAAAGUUGCCAAACCCAGAACACUGGUUUUCCUCCUCCCCUCAUCUCAGUAGUCGCCUUCUCAGCUGUCAUUUUUGUAUGGUGAUAGUAGCGUAAUAUAGAAUUAGGUUAGCCCUCAGAAAGGCAAGUCGGGUGGGGGACCUGCUUCUACAGAAUAGCUUGGAAUCCCACUUGUAUGUAUUCGGAAAAGUUGUGAUUGUGAGAACCUUCCCGUGGAACCCCCUUGUCUGUGGCCUCCCCAGUGAGCGAGUGUGACCUGGGACUCCAGAGAGGUGCCACGCCAUGACUCUGGAUUUCUGGAUGUGCAAAUAAAUGUGUUUUACUGUA